AUGACCCCCUCGGGCUUGGAGGGUCUUAGCCUUAACAGCAAGGAUCAUAUCAAGGUGAAAGGUGCUGUCCGGUGGACAUCCAACCUGAAAGCUGCCUUGUGUUCCACAGACCUCAAGACAAACACAAAGGUGUCAGUGCUGGAGGGAGACAUUCUGGAUGCCCAGUACCUGAAGAGAGCCUGCCAGGGCAUCUCUGUGGUCAUCCACACCGCUGCUGUCAUUGAUGUCUCAGGGGUCAUUCCCAGACAGACCAUGCUAGAUGUCAAUCUGAAAGGUACCAAGAACCUACUGGAAGCCUGUGUCCAAGCUAGUGUGCCAGUCUUCAUCUUCACCAGCUCAGUUGAGGUGGCAGGGCCCAACUCCUACAAGCAGAUCAUCUUGGAUGGCCAUGAAGAAGACAAUCUAGAAAGUAUAUGGUCUGAUCCAUACCCAUACAGCAAAAAGAUGGCUGAGAAGGCAGUGCUGGCAGCCAAUGGGUGUACCCUGAGAAAUGGUGGCACUUUACAUACUUGUGCCUUAAGGCCCAUGUACAUUAAUGGGGAAAAAAGCUCAUUCCUUUAUGACACAGUAACUUGUGCUCUGAAAAAUAAGGGUGUUUUGGAUACUACUGGCAAAUUCUCUAGAGCCAACACAGUGUAUGUGGACAAUGUUGCCUGGGCACACAUUCUGGCUGCCAGGGGCCUACGAGACCCCAAGAAGUCCCCCAGCAUCAAAGGACAGUUCUACUACAUCUCAGAUGACACCCCUCACCAAAGCUAUGAUGAUUUAAAUUAUGCCCUGAGCAAGAAAUGGGGCCUCCGCCCUGAUUCCAGUUGGAGCCUUCCUCUGCCCCUGCUCUACUGGCUUGCCUUCCUGCUGGAAACUGUGAGCUUCCUGCUGCGUCCAGUCUACAACUACCGGCCCCCCUUUACCUGCCACUUGGUUACGCUCUCCAACAGCACAUUUGCCUUCUCCUACAAGAAAGCCCAGCAUGAUCUCGGCUAUGAGCCCUGUGUCACCUGGGAGGAAGCCAAGCAGAAAACAUCAGAGUGGAUCGGGACACUAGUGGAACAGCACAAGGAAACAGUGAACUCAAAGACUCGGUGA